AUGGCGUCCUCGGGCUCGACUCCCCUUCCUCCAAGCCAACCCUCGGCGGUUCCUCCGCUCGCCGCGCUCGCGCUCCCGCAUCUCACCGCCGCGGGCCUCUCCCAACAGCGCGCCGAGCCGUUCCUCCGUGCCCUCAACGCCCUAGUCCAGUCCUACGCAGCAAACGGCCUCUCAAAUCCCGCCACGUGGCAGCACGUGGCGCGUUCGCUGCUGCGGCCCGACGUGCCGUUUCCCGUGCACGAGCUGCUCUACUCGUCGGCCUUCGCCACGUGGCGCGAGCGCGCGCUCGGACCGCCCCCAGUGUGGACGCCGACGCGGGAGGAGGCGCGGCAAACCAAUUUAGGCCGCCUGCUAGACAGCAUCGAGGGCAGGAAGCUUCUUGGAAAGGCGCCUCACGAGCCUCUGGACCUGCCGGGUAACUUCUUGCAGCUGCAGCGACUGUCGUACGACCGGCCAGAGCUGUACUGGCCAAUCGUUCUCCGCCACCUGGGCAUCAUCUUCCGCAAACCCCCUCAGAAGAUCUUCUCUCUGCCCGAGGAUCCCAAGGAACGUUUGCAGCUGCCCGGAGGGCGCUGGUUGGUCGGGGCAGAGCUGAACAUUGCAGAGAGUUGCUUGGGCGGUUUUGGCAGUUGGGGGAGAGGGAAUGGGGGGGAGAGUGCGGGGGAAGCAAGGGGGGAGCGGGAGGGAGAGAGGGUGGCGGUGGUGUGGCGGGAUGAGUGGGAGGAGGGGGCACCUGUGCGGCACAUGACCAUUGGCGAGCUGAGGCAACAAGCAAUUGCCGUCGCCCAAUCCCUACAAGCACGUGGCGUCCGUCCAGGCGAAGCCAUAGCACUGGCGCUGCCGAUGACGGUGCAGUCAGUGGCGGCAUACCUGGGCGUGCUGCUGAUUGGUGCGGCCGUGGUGUCCAUCGCUGACAGCUUCUCUGCUCGCGAGAUUGCUGCCCGCUUGAAGAUUGCCGGGGCUACGGCGAUUGUCACACAGGACUUCAUUCCGCGUGGCGGAAAGCUGCUGCCACUCUACAGCCGGGUGGUGGAGGCGGGUGCGCCGCCCGCCAUUGUGCUGCCAGUCACUGAGGGAGCGCCACGUGUCGCGUUGAGAGAGGGCGACGUGUGGUGGAGCAGCUUUCUGGCUGAGGGGCAGCGCUCAACAGAGAGAGGCACCAGCAGCGUGCCAUGUGUCAGCAUGCCAGUGGACGCCAGCAUCAACAUUCUCUUCUCGUCCGGCACCACUGGCACCCCCAAGGCCAUCCCGUGGUCGGCCCUGGCGGCCAUCAAGGCGGCUGCAGACGCGUGGGCGCACCACGACCUCAGGGGCGUGCGACGCGGCACACAGGGGCCAGAGGGGCGCGAGGGGGCGCAUUAUGGCAGCUCACAGAAGCAGCAGCAGCAGCAAUGGGGGGAAGCAGGCGACGUGGUGUGCUGGCCCACGGGUCUGGGGUGGAUGAUGGGCCCCUGGCUGCUCUUCGCCGCUCUGCUCAACGGUGCUACUGUAGCUCUCUACAACGGCUCGCCUCUCACCCACGGAUUUGCACGUUUCGUGCAGGUGGGCGUGGGGUUUGCAGGUGGAGGUGGGGCGUGCGUUUGGGGCUGGGGUGCUUGCAGUGCUUGCUUGGUGUGGGGACUGAACAGGGUGGGUCAUGGAAUGGGUGAUAGAAGAGAGCAGGGGCAGCAAAGGGAGCGCAGGGCAGAACCUGAGCUGUGGGAUGCACGUGUGACGGUGUUGGGGGUGGUGCCCAGCCUCGUGCGCUCCUGGAAGGCCUCUGGCUGCACCGACGCCUGUGAUUGGUCGCACAUACGCCUCUUCUCCUCUACGGGAGAGGCGUCUCUCCCCUCCGACUACCUGUGGCUCAUGGCACGAGCGCGCUACCAAGCACCCAUACUGGAGUACUGUGGGGGCACUGAGAUCGCCGGGGCCUUUCUCACUGGCACCUUGCUGCAGCCCCAGGCGCUCUCCUGCUUCAGCACCCCUGCCAUGGGGUGCAGAGCGGUGCUGCUGGGUGCAGAGGGGGACGGGGGUGGGGGAGUGGAUGGGGGCAGUGGUGGGGGGGCGAGAGUGGUGGAUCCUGGGGAGUGGAGGAAGGGGGGUGGUAGUGGGGCGGGUGGAAUGGAGGGCGAUGAUUGGCUGAUGGGGGAGUGCGCGCUCAUGCCUCGCAUGCUGGGAGCUUCGUGGAAGCUUCUGAACGCGGAUCACUACAGGGUGUACUUUGAAGGCAUGCCGGAGUUUCACGGCCAGCGGCUGCGGCGGCAUGGGGACGCGGUGGAGUGGGGGGUGGGGGGCUACUGGCGCGCACACGGGCGCACCGACGACACCAUGAACCUGGGCGGCGUCAAGGUAGGGUCAGUGGAGGUGGAGCGGGUGUGCAACACAGCACACCCUGCCGUGUCAGAGACUGCAGCCAUUGGCGUCGCACCACGUGGUGGCGGGCCAGAGGAGCUGGUGGUGGUGGCAGUGAUGCGAGGAGGGGGAGUGGUGGGGGAGAAGGGAGAGAGGAGUGGAGGGGUGGAUGGGGCGGAGAGGAGCGUGGUGUCGGAGGAUGAUCUGAGGAAGGUGUUUUCUGCUGCUCUCCAGGCCCAUCUGAACCCGCUCUUCAAGGUGUCAUGCUCACUCUGUAUAGAUACAUCACAUAACCACCCUUUCUCCAUCUGCCUUCCAUCCCCACAGGUGGCAGCAGUGUGGGUGGUGCCAUCGCUCCCCCGCAAUGCAUCCAACAAGGUCAUGCGCCGCGUGCUGCGAGACCUCUUCACCCGCCGCCACCUCGCCGUGCCUUCCACCACCACACCUCCCACUCGGAGGCUUGUUGGAACCACGGGCCGCGCUACCUCCCGCCUUUAG